AUCUCGGCCAAUCGGCUCUCUCCCCCAAAAGAUUCUUCUUUUUUCCCACCGCCACUUGGUAGAUCAACCGGUACUCACGACGACUCAGUCAACGAGAACGGAGUCUUCUCCCCGACCACUCGUAAUCUAAUCUAUUUCAAUCAUUUGUGAACCGUGAUAAAAGAUAGACAUUUAUCAGAUUAUUCCUCGGGAGGAAGGAUCCUCAUUCACUACCAGCACGAAUUACACAUCGGAAAGAAGAUAAAUUCGUGGUGCCCGCUUGAGUGGCCAGACUUGUCUAGUUGUGCUUGUGGACGCGAGUGUAAGGGGGGAAAAUAUUAUUACGUUCCUUCAGUUGGUGCUCUAUCCGGUGAACAUUGUUUGCUCAGGAUUUUCUGUUUCUUCGGCCAUCACCCAACGAGCCAUUGCUGGUACCAAUCAAGCUUCAGAGUCUCGACAUCGCCCCAAGUGGAUGUGGAAAAUUUUCGUAACGCAUCGGAGAACCAGUUGUUGUUUCUACUAUUAUUUGCUGUGAACUUCGCCAAGAAUCUGCUUGUUUGUGAUUUUGACUUCUUACUAGGAACUAGGCAACGAGAAAAAGUCAGUGCGAGUGGAAAAUGAAAUUAUGGUAAAAUAUUUGCCAUGAUGAAAUAACAUUCGGACAACCAUUGGACUGGGAAAUCGUUAUCGCGAAGAACUGUGGAAUGACUUUGGUCAGGCUUUGUGAGUGAGUUCCACCGAAAAUAGUUGAGAAAUCAUUUUUUACUGAGUGAUCCACCGUUGAGAGUUUUCCUAUUCAAACCCUGAAUGCAUUUGCGUGGCAAACGAAGGCAAAUUCCUUUCUAAAAGAAACUGUUCACGUUGUGAAAUUGCAAACCAACUGCUAUUGAAGGUAUUUGGCUAGGUGCAAUCUACUUUUCUUCGAAGAAAAAAAAAUACACGAACCGAAAGCACCCACAAAAAAUGUUCAUCAACAGAAGUAGGAAGCACACCACCGGCUCAAUAAUGCUCAUGACGAGUCUGGCGUUCGCUUUGGUCCUUUUGAUUGUACCGGCAGCCUUGGUGGAAGCACAAGAGGCAGGGAACCGGGCGCGGAGUCACAAAGCUAUGGAAACAUUCGGCAGCAGCAGUGUGGUACAACAACCGAGAUCCGCCACUAAUGAGCAACUGCUACAGGACGAAGAUGAGGAUCAGGACAUGGUCGAUGGAAGCAGCGUUGAGAGCAGUGAAGAUGGCAUUAGUGGUAGAAACAGUGGGUCUGGUGGUAGCAGUGAGGAUGCUCGGGGUACAACUGAUGUAUCGUCGGAACAACAGGAUGUGACGACGCCCGGAAGUGUUGGUUAUGUCGCAACGACUCCGAAGAUUUUGAAAUCAGCGAAGGUGCUUAGCAGGUACGAGCAAGGUCUGGAGGACUACGAGGAAGCCGCUGCCCGAGUAGAGCAGGAAGACAACCAGCAACGGGAACAGCAGCAGCAACAGCAACAACAGCAGUCCCCACUCGGAGGCCUGAUGAAUCCGAUCCUUUCGACGUUGUUCAAUGUGGUGACGACGGCUUUGUCGUCAAAGAGAUCGAUCGAGGUGGCGGGACCCAACCCGGCCAUGAUAUUUGGAGCCUGGAACAACCUCCAAAAGGCACUGGACGAUGGCAGAGCUAGUGCCCGGGCCAAUAACGAUGCCGAAGAAUCAACAAGCAGCGGCGAUGGCAGCGGUAACGAUGCAGAUAAUCAAAAUGGAAACUUAACCGCUGUAGUGACAGCUGCUGAAAGUGCCAGGUACAUCAAGGGAGACCCGCUCAAUGGAUACUACGACUUCGUAAUCUCUGAAGGAUCAUAUAAAUUCUGGGCCGUUUUUCAGGUAGCCACAGCUGUUCUCAUCAUCUAUUCCACCUUCGCCGCUAUCUACUACUCGAAAGUAAGCCCGCUGACGUCCGAUUAUGACUAUAUCGAUUAUUUGAACGGUGGCCGGUCCUUUGCCGGAAGUCGGUCACUGGAUGGUGGAGCAGCGGCACGGAGAUCCUACUCGAGCAACAUGUGGGACGGUCUGCUGGAAAAACCGUGGUUCAACGUGGCAACUAAUUCGUUCGCUUUCGUGAUGAAUGCCAUCGAGAAUGCGCCCAAGUAGGGCGGCGGGAAGCGAUCCCGGACCGCUGCUGCCCCGAAAGGGUUUGCAUUAUUGCCAAUUUAGAUGAAACAUUUGACACAGCUGGAUAGAUGGCGGAAUCCUUCGCGGGAAUGAAGCUGAGGAGCUUGGUCUCGAAUGUUUUAUUUGAAUUCCGGUUUCUGGAUUUUCUUAUGGAUUAGGUUAGGAAUGAAUUGUAACAAUUUGUUAUUUAAUAUAUUAUUUUGUACCAGUGGUGUAGACUAUGCUGUCGAAAUGUAGCUAUUUUUCAAGUUUGUUACUUAUUAAUAAAGCGUACAG